UGCGGAGAGGGGGUAACCGAGGGGGGAGAGGGGCUCAAUUCGCGAGGCAGCGUUCAGAACAGUGCAAAAAUCAUGGCGGAUGGCCCCAGGUGCCAGCGCAGGAAACAGACACAGCCACGACGCAACAACGUGAGGAGUCUUAGCAGUGUGCCGGAGGCGACCUCAGAUUCAGAUGAUGAAGACAAACUGCACAUUGUAGAGGAGGACAGUAUUGCCGACGAUCCUGACCAAAAGUCCUCAGUAUUUCAGCUCAAAGCAGCACGGCAGCUCUCUGACACAUGCACACAGGACGAUGGCAGCCUGGGGCCAGAUGCUUUAAUACAGGAAAUAAGGGUCAAAGAGGAGUGUGUCACUGAUGAGGAAGAUGGUGCUGAUGAUGAAGUGGCCGGUGAGGAAAAGCAGACGGAAACAGAGCAUAUUUACUCAGACGGCCCAGAGGAGCAUCAGAGAACACCAGAGCGAGGGGUUCACGAUGAGAACGGUACUCCUGACGCAUUCUCGCAGCUGCACACCUGUCCGCACUGUUCCCGCGGUUACAAGCGUCACACGUCUCUGAAGGAUCACAUUAAACUACGCCAUGAAAAGAGCGAGGACAACUACUGCUGCUCCCUCUGUAGCUACACCUUCACGUACCGCACGCAGCUCGUCCGUCACAUGACCGCACACAGACACAUCCGGGAGCAGCGGACUAUUUCUCAGUCAGGCGGAAACAGAAAGUUCAAGUGUACAGAAUGCUCCAAGGCCUUCAAAUACAAACAUCACCUGAAGGAGCACCUACGCAUACACAGCGGUGAGAAGCCGUAUGAGUGCUCUAAUUGUCGGAAGCGUUUCUCACACUCGGGGUCCUACAGCUCUCACAUUAGCAGUAAGAAGUGUGCGAGCGUGACCCCUGCGGUCAACGGCCUGCCUCGCAUACCUGGAGUGAAAACGGCUCUUACCGUUUCUCACCCUACGCACAUCCUUCUAAGGGAGAAGGUGGACAUUACCAACAAACCUCUGCAAGAGCAACUCCCCCUGAAACAGAUCAAACAGGAGCCUAUCGAACAGCAACCCAAACCUGCACCAGCAACGCCCACAGUAGCCGCCACCACUACCAAUGGAGUCCCGGCUCCACAAGGCAUCAUCCAGACAUUGGUCCUGCCCACUGUUGGGCUUGUCCACCCAAUCAGCAUCAACCUAAGUGACUUACAAAAUGCGCUGAAUGCAGCAAUGGAUGGUAAUGUCAUCAGACAGGUGUUGACUAGCACCAAUGCAAACGGAACGAGCGCUAAAAUCGUAGGUCAGUUGCCGGCGCAGCCGCAGGCGCAAGCUGUCGUAAUGCAGCCGCAGCAGGCGCAGCCGCAGGUGAUCUCCGCCAUCUCUUUGCCAGUUGUGGGACAAGACGGAAAUGCCAAAAUUAUAAUCAACUACAACCCCCAGCUGGACUCACAACUCAAGGCAGUAAAAGUGAACACAACACAGCCCACAGGGACGCAAACCGGUAUAGCGCAGGCAAAUUCUACAUCGUCCAAUGUCGCACAGCCAAAUGUGGUGCAGCUUCAGUCGGUACAGUCCAACUCGACUGAAACACAAACAUCAGGGACACCUAAACCUACACAGGUAAACAUCAUUAAACCAGUCCAAACUGGAAACCUCAGCAAACCGCCGUCUAUCAUCAAGAUAACGCCUGCGCAGGCCGCCAGGUUGGUUCAAGCUCGGGCCGCACAACCAAAGCUCACCCAGCAAACUACACCUCUUGAGAAAAGCGCAUAUGACACACAGACCCUCUUUCUACAAAAACCACCCGCCACUACCAACAACAAGAACACCGACAAUAAAAAAACAACUCCAGAGAAGACUAUAAACACUCCAACAGCAGAGAAGAAGGAGACAACUGAAAAUACUGGUUCGAUGGAGGAUAAAUGUGAAAAACAAAACCUGACUGCACCACCCAAAAUCAUAAUCAAAACCGAACCGGCCUCUCCGUCCGAGAUCAAGCCCGAAAUACAGAGUGAAGAUGACAACGAGAUGCAAACAGAUGAAAAUAAAGGAGGGAAACAAACAACAGCGACAACUGAGCCAGUGGCACACAGCGGCUGUAGAGUAACCUGUGGAGAUAACUUCCAUAACUACGCGGCGUGUCUGCUUUGCGACAGCUCCCCGAGUAAACGUAAGCCUUCAGACUGUCAAGACAGUGACACCAAAGCGUCGCCAACAACUAUAUCUCUCUCCUCUCUACUGGAUAAGGAUAAGAGUGGAGCAGCGGAACGCCUCCUUCCUCUUCUGAAGGCCUACAGUCAGAACCGAGAUCCUAGCGAGGAGCAGCUGUCUCAGGUGGCCAAGACAGUCAAGUUACCUCUUGAGGCGGUCAGCAAGUGGUACCAGAAGAUGCGCUCCAAGAAGAUACUGCUCAAGGCUGCAAGCAACCUGAAAAACAAUCAAGAGAAAACUACACCAUCUGCUGCACCUGAAGGAAUGAACUCCACCCAAGCCACCUGCACUCCCACUCCACCCCCUGAUGACACCUCAGCGGACACCCAGAAUGGAAGCGCCACUUCACCCGCCUCCCCUCCAGCCGAUGUCUCCACUGAUGAUCUCGUCAUUGUCAAGACAGAAGACGUAGAGGAGGAGCUGCAGUGUGAACCGCUGGAUCUCUCGCUCCCCAAGUCCAGCUCCGCUCAAGCCAGCACCACCACUAAGCUGCCGGUCUCCACCCAAAAGGAACCGCUCAACCUCACCUGUCUUAAGAAGCAACUGUUGCCAGGCAACACCAUCUAUGUGACGCAGGCUGGCACGGGUACAUUAAACAUUGUGACAGCGUCAUUGCCAACGCUGGUUGCCAUAGCAGAGCCAGGUGGUAUUCCGUGCAUCGGCACAGCAAUAUCCGGUAACAAACGCACCAUCCUCAUCCCUCAGCUCACCUACACCUACACCACCAACCCCAGCGUCAAAACACCCGAAAAAUCUUUGACAGACACAAAGGGGACGGUGAUACUCAGCAACUGUCCAAAGGUGGCGGACACGGCUUCAGACUGUGUGUCAGAGGACCAGAAUGAUGAAGAUUCACCUCUAAUGAAGAAGAAAAGGAAGACUGUCGGUGGCCUGUACGCCUGCGAUCUGUGUGACAAAAUCUUCCAGAAGAGCAGCUCACUGCUGCGACACAAGUAUGAACACACAGGUAAGCGACCUCACGAGUGCGGCAUCUGUAAUAAAGCUUUCAAACACAAGCACCACCUGAUCGAGCACACGCGACUACACUCCGGAGAGAAGCCCUACCAGUGUGACAAGUGCGGGAAACGCUUCUCUCACUCGGGCUCUUAUUCUCAGCACAUGAACCACAGGUACUCCUACUGCAAGAGAGACACGCAUGAGCUGCCAGAGCAGGUCAGCACCUCCACUCCUCCCUCUCAGCUCGACUCGGACGAGAGAGAGAGCGACGGAGAGGAGGAAGAGGAUUUAUCCGCUCUGGACAUGAGCGAUAUCAGAGUGGUGCGAGUAGGAGAGGAUUACGAGGAUGAUGAGGAGAGCGGCGGAGAGGAAGAGCAGGACAGAGGACACGAGGAUCAAGAGACAGAGGAAGGAGGAAUGGUGAUGGAAGUGGAGCUCGGAGAUACUGACACUUUGGAGGAGGAAACCAUAGAAACGGAGGAUGCUAUGGAGACAGAGGAGUCAAAGGAGGAGGACGCAGUUCUCACAAAUAAUAAAGAAAACACAGAGAUGGCAACCGAGGACUGAAGAAUGAACACUCUUUUUACAGUCACUCAUGUGAGUGAAUGAAAGAGGUGACGAGCUCUUCAUCGUAAGCUUACAGUCGUCAGUUGCAGUGGAAACUGUCUCAGCUCUUUACUGUGUUUAAAACCCAGGUGUGCCUGAUUUACAAAACAAUAUUUCCUUUUUU